AUGUGGUAUUCAGUGAAUGUGCUGUUCGGGUGUUUUCACGCGUGUGUGAUAUUCCACUUUUUGCAAUGUGCUCAACCCUCACCGGAAGUGGUGCACAUAGCCACAAUUCUCCCGAAAGAUGUGCGACGACGGUUUUCUAUCCAGCACGUGCGGCCUUCCAUCGAGGUGGCGCUACAGCACGUGCGAGACUGGAUGUUGUUACCAGGAGUAACCGUUAACGUCCGUUACAGGGAUUCUAAGUGCAAUGCUAAAGACUCACCUAUCCACGCCUUUAAUUUUUACCGCAGAAAGUUGGUGCACGUGUUUAUGGGGCCGGUAUGUGACUACGCCCUAGCCCCUGUGUCGAGAUAUGCCCCCUACUGGAACAUACCUGUCAUCACGGCAGGUGGAUUCGCACACAAUUUUGGUUCGGAAAAAAUAGACGAAUUCUCUUCUUUAACACGUAUUGGCGCAACAUUUAACUCAUUGGCGGUGUCGGUGACAGCCAUGUUGCAGCAUUUUAACUGGUCACGUGUCAAACUGAUUUACGACGGAGAAGGAUACGACGACAUCAUGCCCAGGUUGUGUUAUCUACUGGCGUCGUCGUUGAUAUCGCAUAGAAAGUCGAUGGGGAUGGAACAUGAAUUUCAUUUGUACUUACCAGCCGUACAGACAUUGGAUUACGUAUUCCACAAGCACAUUGGAAACGACUUCAACAAAUCAACUUCUUCGUCGUCGUCGUCGUACGCUCAGACCCCAGUGGCUCGAACAAAAGCUGCUGUUCUACAAGGGGCCAAAGAGUUUUUUCUUCAGGGGUUCAUCUGA